AAUUGUUCCUCAGCUCUCUUACUGGAUGACACCAAUUAUGCUUUUCAGAUGCAUUGAUCCUAUAAUUUGUUCUAGCCAUGUUUUUAAAAAUUCGCUAUUCCUUCAGUCAAUUGCUGAAACCAUUGCACAGUUGCUCGUAUGGCACCUUUCUAAGAACCUUAACCACAACUAACUCUCCCGCCACCCCAACAUUUGACGCCAAAUUUGAAAAUGUUAGCCAACUGGAAAAGGCAAUUUCUCUCUUUUACGAUCUCAGCUUCCCACCUAAUUUCUCACUGCCAUAUGCUAGGCUUUUCCAAGCAUGCGCUCGCCACAAUAGACUCGACUUAGGCCAAGAUCUCCACCACCAUUUGCUCACCCAUGAAACCACCGAGGAUAUUGACUUGUACACUACCAACCACCUGAUUAAUAUGUAUGCCAAGUGUGGUGAUUUGUGUACUGCCUACCAGAUGUUCGAAAAAAUGCCUCACAAGAAUAUUUUCUCUUGGACUUCUUUAAUUUCUGGUUAUUCUCAACAUGGGAAAGUUGAUGAAUGUUUUAGUAUGUUUACUGAUAUGUUAGCUCACUGUAGGCCCAAUGAUUUUGCUUACACCAGCGUGCUGUCUAUAUGAUGGUUUUCGGGUAGGCAAGUGCAUGGAGUUGUUGUAAAAACAGGAUUUGGUGCAUAUGUCUAUGUGGCGAAUGCUUUGAUUACCAUGUACUGGAAGAGCAGAGAGACGGGAUUUUGCAGAAUUUACAACAAUAGUGAGGAGGCUUGGAGGGUAUUUGACGGGAUGGAGUUCCGCAAUCUUGUAACUUGGAACGCAAUGAUUGCUGGAUUCCAAAUGCUGGGACAGUGUUCAAAUGCUGUUAAUUUUUUCAUCGCAAUGUGUAGAGACGGUGUUGGGUUUGAUCGUGCUACGCUUGUAAGUGUCCUUUCUGCAUUUUCUGAAAAUAAUGAAUACGAAUAUGUUUCAAGCCUCAAGUAUUGUUUUCAAAUACAUGGUAUUGUUAUAAAGGCCGGGUUUAAGUUGGAUGUUGCAGUGGUGACUGUACUACUGAGUGCUUAUUCGAUUCUUGGAGGAGAGGUUGCUGAUUGUCAUAAGUUGUUUAUAGAGACUAAUGGGUGCCGAGAUGUUGUCUUAUGGACUGGUAUUAUCACUUCUUUUGCUGAUAGAAAACCUGGGGAAGCCCUUUUACUUUUUAAUUUGUUGCGCACAGAGGGGUUGAAUCCUGAUUGUUAUGCUUUUUCGAUUGUAUUAAAGGCUUGUGGAGGAUUUUCUAAUGACAAGCAUGCCCUGGCCGUGUACUGUUUAAUAACUAAAGUUGGUUUCACAAAUAACAUAGUUCUUCAGAAUGCUUCAAUUCAUGCAUUUGCAAGGUGUGGCUCACUUAGCCAAGCUGCGGUCAUCUUUGAUGAAAUGAGAAUAAGGGAUGUAGUUUCUUGGAACUCAAUAAUAAAAGCUUAUGCUUUACAUGGGCAAGGGAAGCAGGCAUUGGACUUGUUCAAACAAAUGGAUGUUGAACCUGAUGCAACCACCUUUGUUGCUCUUCUCUCCGCUUGUAGUCAUUCGGGAAUGGUGCAUGAAGGGGUUGAAAUAUUUGAUACCAUGUCCAACAGCUAUGGGGUUGUUCCCCAACUUGAUCACUAUGCCUGCAUGGUUGACAUUCUUGGGCGAGCUGGGCAUCUCGUUCAGGCUGUGAAGCUCAUAAGGGAAAUGCCCAUGCAACCGGAUUAUGUUGUCUGGAGUGCUUUGGUAGGAGCCUGCCGGAAACACGGUGAAACACAGUUAGCCAACUUUGCUGUAUCAAAACUAAGGGAGUUGGAUCCAGAAAAUUCUCUAGGAUAUGUAGUAAUGUCAAACAUACACUGUUCCACUGGUAGUUUUGAUGUAGCUAGUCUAAUAAGGAAGCGAAUGAAAACUUGGGUACAGAAGGAGCCUGGCUUGAGCUGGACUGAUAUUGGUAAUCAAGUUCAUGAAUUUGUUUCAGGGGGUGGAGCACACCCACAAAGAGAGACAAUCCGCACUAAUACGAAAGAACUAGUUGGAAAAUUGAAGACACUUGGCUAUGUUCCUCAAACUAGUUUGGCCUUGCACGAUAUUGAAGAAGAGCACAAAGAGGAAGAAUUAUACUACCACAGUGAGAAGUUGGCUCUGGUGUUUACUUUGAUGAGCACUUCUGAUUUGAAUUGCAAGUUGGAUGCUGUUAGGAUCAUGAAGAAUAUUCGUAUUUGUCCAGACUGUCAUAAUUUUAUGAAAUUAGCAUCACAAUUAAUUCAGAGGGAGAUCGUUGUGAGAGAUUCAAACCGUUUCCACAAUUUUAUGAAGGGGUUUUGCUCUUGUAAUGAUUACUGGUAAUCCGCAGCUUACAUGGUCAGACAUUUUUCCUGUUGCAGACAACUUUAUUUGCAAAGUUGCGGCUCUCUGACUAGUGGGGGCCCAGAUGCCAAUAUGUCCUUAUGUAACUAGUCUCAGUAGUUUCAUUGUCACUUAACAGACUGUGAAGAAGCAUCAACAAAAGAGGUCUUGAUCAAGUUAAGCCCUACAACAUGCAGAAACUUAUAAUCAUGGAACUAUCUUGAAGCAUAUAAGUUGUUUGUUUUGUCUUCCUGACAAUACAGAUGCUUUUCAAGUACUCUGUUCUGAUCCUCAAUGACCGAUGUUGUUAAAUGUAGCUUCCAUUAGGCUCAUUUUGGUUUGGAUUUUUGAAUAAGAAAUGGUAAAAUUAUAAAGAUUGUUGGAUUGACUUCUUGAGACAAUGGAAAAGCUACUGUUCCAAUCCUCAAUGACCCACAUCUACCUGUUUUUGGUUUGCAUUUUUCAGCUGAAGAAAGGUGAUGUUCUUUAGCUUGUUAGAUUGAUUUCUGGAGACAAUGGAGACAAUCGAAGUAUAGAGCAAAGACUAGUCAGUAUUAAAGGAUGACUGCAAUAUUCUUGUGGAGUAAAGAUGAGGAAUCAUUCUAUGGGUCCUAAAUCUGCUGACUUUCUACAGGUACAUUUUGGAAGUUUUAUUUAUCUGGAUAAGUUGAUGAAAAGUAAAAGGAAAUCAGUGCACAAGGAUUUGGAAUUUGGAGGCUGCUCUGUGAUUACAUUGGGCAUUGGGGAAUCUCCAAACUUACCCAACUGAAGAUAAUAGAGAAGAGAUAAUUACUUAGUCAGUUCAACCCAGUUGAUGAACAUGUUCAUUGUUAUGCUGCAUCAAUGAUAUUUAACGGUUAAAAUGUAUUCACUAAAAAGCAAGGGUCUGCUUCAGCAAGGCUGUCUCUAACAUGAGGAUCAAGUCAGGUUAUAAAGGAGAAUAUGGUGUCAAAAGAGUGAAAUGGAUCCCUAAGUCAGGUCUCUAUUGGCUUGAUGGAUUAUAAACAUGUGCUGAUUAAGUGUGCAGCUGAGGCAGACUUCAAUACAAUUUGGACGAGAGGUAUUUGGCAACUGGAAAAAUUUCCAAUUCAGAAGGCCCUUAUUCUUGGAUUCGGCAAUGGCUACUGGCACACGUCCUAGUGUGGCCAGGGUGUGCGUGGAGGUUGAUGUAGCGAGGCCAGUCAUUUCAAGAGUAUGGGUGGCUAUCAAAGGGGAGACAGGAUUCUGGCAAAGAAUUGUGACAGAGGAUAUGCUGUCAUAUUGCUCCUCUUGCUGGCGUUUGGGUCAUUCAGCCGAGGAGUGUAAGAAAAAUUCUUCUGAGAUUGCGUCUCGGAACCAGAACAAUCAACACCUGAGGAUGCAGC